ACCACCGAUUAGUGAAAAAGUUGUAAAUAUUUAAAGAAAUCUGUCUCACAAUUUUAAAUGAGAAAAAGCAAGUAAGCGAUAUCAAGUAAAAGAGGAAGCUAUAGCGAGUGAAAAACUGAUCAGUCAUGGAAAGUGCGAUCUUGAAUCUAGCCCAUGAAAAGCUCAGAAGAGCGGAUUCCCUUCUACAGAAAGGAAAAUUCGAGGAAGCAGCUGAUUGCUAUGAAAAAGUAUCAACUUUUUUUGCGGAUGCUCAUAGUCAGCUGAGUAAUAAUUUUGCAGACAUAAAAAAUUCAGAUCCUCCGGACAACAAUUCAAGGUCAGCAGUGUCAUCAGUUCAUUCGAUAGUUGCACUGGAAUCACUGGCGUUACAAAGUGAUUACUAUAAAAGGCAAGCUGUGGUUGUGAGGAUGAAGCAAGCGCAGUACGAUGAGUACAAAAAUACAUUAGAGAAUCAGCAAAAGAAUAUUUUAAGUAAGCAUGUCGUUAAGUAUCAUGACAAAGGAUCUACUGUUCCUGUGGUAACAGAAAAAUUUGAGGGAUCAUUAAGGCAAGCAAUUUAUAAAACCAUAGAAGAGCAGGAUAGUUUGCUGAGUCUUAUGUCAUUACCAGAUGAUGAUCAGGCUUUCAAACAUCCCAAAGAUACUGUCACUGUGAUUGAAGAAUUGCGAACUGUUAAUUCUCAACUGCGAUCUCUCGUUGAAAGUUUACUUAGUCAACUUGAAGCUAAAGAACAAGAAGUCAAGCAAUUGACACAACGGUUGCAUACUGUUUCAGUUACCGGAACUGAUGAGAUGUCUUCAAAUGAAGGACAUUCGCUAAGAUUAGCACCACUGCCUCCUUUGGCACCUUUGGAAAUGCCAUUGUUUGAUUUCACAUCAUCGUAAGAGUUUAUAUAGGACAAUCUUAAAUAUUUAUUCAAGUUUUCUGGAAAUUUAUCUUAUUUUGUAUGUUGCUGAAUAAAAGUGAAAAAAGUUUGUACAA